AUGGACGACAAAGGCGGCGACAAUGGCUAUGGGGCUUGGGGGAGGGUUCCCGUAUGGGACGGCUCCCCUUUGACCUGGAGGUCCUUCAAACGAGAGAUGCAGUGGUGGCUCUCCAGCUUGGAUGCUGAGUCAACCAAGAAGUACAACUUAGCAGCUCGAUGGCUUCUUCGCCAAAGCGGCACCGUGCGCCAACGUGGCGAGGAAUUCAGUCCUGAUGAAUUGCAGUACCAGAAGGGCGAGUCCUACAUCGAUCCCGAGACGGGCGAAGCGGUGGAGAUCACGGCCGAGGACCCCUUUGCCGGCAUCCACCGCUUGAUGGACGCGCUUGAGCAGAUGAAUGGCCAGUCCACCCUCGACAAGAGAGGCGAAUUGCGAGCGCAAUUCUACUUGCACAUGUGCCGCAAAGCUGGCGAGCGUGUCGCCGACUACUCCUCGCGCUUCCGAACAAGCAUUGCUGACUUGCGGGCUGAGGGGGUUAAGCUUCCGGAUGCUGAGCUUGGCUGGUUCUAUAAGGAGAAGCUUGGGCUGGAUCCCCUCCGAAAGCAGUUGCUGGAGACCGCUUUGGGCGGAUCUGAGGCCUAUGCCACCAUCGAGUCGGAGGCUCUGCGUCUUUUCCGUGACCUUCAUUCGCAGGAUGUUCACUGCGCCUUCGUCCUCUUCGGCUCCCUCCUCCUCCUCGACGGCCAGCGGUGCCCCUUCGACCCGACGAUCGUCGAUUUCCUCUAUGGCGUCUUCGGCGGGACAGCGGCCGUCGAGGACGUGGUUGACGACUCCUUCGAGGCCCUUGCCGAGGACCCCGUUGUCGACGACGCCGAGCUCGACGGCGAGGACCGGACCCUCGAGGAGGUGCUGCAGACCGAGGUGGAGCAGCUCGCCGAGGAGAUCGCCGAGGCUGAAGCUGAGGGCGUUACCCUUGUCAUGGAGAAUGGAAUCGAGGCGAGUGCUGAAGCUUUGGUGUCGAUGAGGGAAGCCCGCGUGAAGCUGGCCGAGGCCAAGAAGAAGGAUGGCAAGCAUGUGUGCUUUGACUGCGGCUUGCCGGGACACUGGGCUGGCGACGAUGGCUGCACCAAGCCUGGGCAAGGGCUCGGGCGGGCCAAAGGCAAGGGCGCGCCGGCCAGACAAGGGCGCGCCGGGGAGGCCGUUUCGGAGCACGAGGUGGUCCAGACUGAGGCCGGCGAUGUUGUGCCGAGGGACGUGCUGAUGAUUAGCGCCGAGCCGGGCCGAGCUUUGCAGCAGGCUUUUGAGAUGUCGGUUGCCAGGGCCGAGGUGAAUGUUGCUGCUGCCCCUGGCCCGCUUGCUGCCGAUAAGGCUGUGGUUGGAGCUCUGGACAGCGCGUGCAAUCGCACCUGCGCCGGCGAAGCCUGGAUUGAGGAGUACAUUUCGUUGCUUCGGGAUGCCCCGGCCGAGGUGCAGGAGCUGAUUCAGAAGACGCCCGAGACCGAAAGGUUCAAGUUCGGGAACGGCGGCAUCCUACCCUCUUGUGUGCGCUAUCGCCUGCCCAUGAUGGUUGCUGAUGAAAUGGUCCUCGUGUGGGUGUCCUCCGUUCCUGUGGCCACGCUGGGCCUUUUGCUCGGCAGAGAUUUCCUCGACGCGGUUGCCGGCGUCCUUGACUUUGCUGAACGGACUCUUCUCUGCCGUGCCUUUAAUUCAAAGAGGGCUGCCGUGAAGCAGUUGUCGGCUGGACAUUUGGCUUUGCCUUUGAUCCCGGAGGUCUGGCCUGACCUUUGCAGCCCGCGCUGGCGAAAACUCGGGCCGGACAAUGUGAUAGAGACGCGUUUGGAUUGCAAGGCCUGGGCCCGGCAGUUGAUGAAGACCCCCUCCCGAGCAGCUGCGUCGAGUGUUUCAGGAGGUGAUUCGCACAGCCACAACAUGACUGAAGCCAGCCUUGCCUUGGGCCGUCGCGUGUUUGAGUACAACUCGGUGCUUCUGACCUUGGCCCAAAAGAUGUGUGUGGAAACGCCGGUUGUGAAAGCCCCUGCUGCCUCCUCUGUGACGGUUCGUUCCAAGGAUGGCGGCGGCCGGCGCGGCACUUCGACCCUCUUCC